AUGUCUUCUUCAAACUUCUUAUUUUUCUCUCUUGUUCUACUAAUCAUUACAGUACUCUCGCCUGUUCCAAAUUUUGCUUCUGCUUCUGUGGAGGAAGGCAAUGCUCUUCUUAAAUGGAAAGAAACCCUUCAAAUCUCAAACAACUCCUUACUUUCUUCAUGGAUUCCCCUCCCAUUGAAUUCCAGUACAUCGAUCCCAUGCACUUCUUGGUUUGGAGUAGUUUGCAAUGCUGAUGAGAGCAUUCAGAAGUUGAAUCUCACGUCUUCUGGGUUAAGAGGUACGCUUCAAGAAAUUUCAUUCUUUUUGCUACAAAAUCUUACACAUUUUGAUCUCAGUGUAAACAGCUUCUUUGGCCCUAUUCCACCACAAAUCCGACUCCUGUCCAAACUUAUCUAUCUUGAUUUUUCACAGAAUAAGUUUUCUGGUGAAAUCCCACCUGAAAUUGGAAGCAUGGUCUCACUUGAGUUCCUAGACUUAUCCUCAAACAAUCUAUCUAGCACAAUUCCUUCAUCAUUGGGUGUUUUGACAUCUUUAAAUGUCCUUUCUUUGUACCAAAAUCAGCUCUCUGGUCCCAUUCCUUCAUCACUUGGAAAUCUGAGCAACCUACAAUCUCUGUACGUAGCUGAGAACAAUUUAUCUGGUCCCAUUCCUAAUGAACUUGGGAAUUUGAAAUCUCUCACUUUUCUGGUGAUGGCCAUGAAUCGACUUAGUGGUUACAUUCCUUCAUCACUAGCAAACCUGAGCAACCUAUAUCGUCUGAACCUGGCUCAUAAUAAGUUAUCUGGUCCAAUUCCUAUUGAUCUUGGGAAAUUGAAGUCUCUCACUAGGCUUCUGGUAAGCAACAAUACACUUAGUGGUUCUAUUCCUUCAUCAAUUGCAAAUCUGAGCAACCUACAAUUUCUGUUCCUCGAUCAGAAUAAAUUAUCUGGUCCAAUUCCUAUUGAACUUGGGAAUUUGAAGGCUCUCACUAAUUUCCAAGUGAGCCAAAAUCUACUAAGUGGUUCUAUUCCUUCCUCCCCUAGAAAACCUCAGUAA